UUUAACAGCUGUUAAUUAGCAUCAGGUGGCGUAUUAUUAAACCACUCUAGUACUCGAAUGGACUCAGAACACGAAUGGCGUGUCCGUAAAGGAGGGGCCGGAAUUUAAAACGACGGGCACGGAGAUGAAUUUGAAAUAACCGGGUUCUUCUUCUAACAGAAAGGAUGUCUCAAAGAAGCGACGACACGACCAAAGGAGGCUGCUGCUUCCCAGGUCUGUUUGCGGAUAAAGCCACCCGGGCUGAUGUCAGAAGAGCCUUUUACAGGAUCUCGCAACUGGAAAAAAAAAUUAAUCAAAUCACCAAGGAACAAGAAAAAUUGAGCUUUAAUAAAUCAUCGUCUAAAAUUGAUAAAAAGAAGCAUAGAAAAUGCACGAAAGGAGAAAAAGAGAUGCGAGACGCAUCUAGUUCUGGGUUGUUCGUUCAUGCUGCUGAGUCUGUGUACGUCAAGAGAGAGGAAGAUGCGCCGUCACUUAUCACGUUGCCUUGCGGUUGCGUGUUGGAAAAAAGGACUCUGUACGCGACCAGCGAGGUGGAAUAUAAUGAGAAAAACGUCCCGAAGAGUUUAUCCACCUGCGGCUGUGGCUUAACGGAAUGCAAAGCUGCGCCUUCGGUGUCACAGCAGAAAUGCCAGUUGGAUUGUGUGGAUGUGAAAUCUUGUACUUGCCAUACGGUCGUGGAGAAAUCAUCUUGUCAUAGUCACAAAGGCAUUAUUAACAUUGUCACCGAACAACACGCUCCACCAGAAUACGCCCCUUUAAAGUCAAUUCGCAGCUGCGUGUGUGGCCAGUCAAACUCGUCUCAAACAGCGUGCAGGGGCGGAACCCAGUCGUCAGAAAAUUGUUUGAAAUCGGCGACUGUUACUGCCUCGACACAAACAUGCCGGGGACAUCCUCCUCGAAUUGGCGAUGAAUCCGAAAUGAGCGUCGGAUAUGGUGAACAGCAGCAGAGGCGAGCUGCCGUUUGCAGAAACAGAAGGCCGAAAUUAGCGUUAGGGGUGUUAAAUAAUCGUUACAAACUGUCUCAAACGCAAUUACCUUACGCGCCAUUACGCAAAGAAUGCGAGGAAGUACCUUCGGGCGCAUUGUUGACCCCUGAGGAGUGUGAAUCCAAACUCCAAUCCAGCAAUCAACAACCCGCAAUUUUCGAAAAAUCACCGUGGGGGUGGAGUAAAAAACGAACAGACAAGAAAAACAAAAAGAGACGACCUAAAUUUCAACCGGGUAAAAGCUCAUAUUUUCCCUCUCGUGUCAAUACGCUGAGCAGCAAGUCGUCGAGCGAGGCAUUUUUGAAUUCUUCAGAAGACCGUCAGUCCAAUAAAAGAAAGAAAAAUAAACAGAUCAAGGCUUUUGUCACACCCGUGGAUAAUAAAAAAAAUAUGAGUUGAACUGGAGAAAAUGAAAA